CGAAAGGUCUUUCCCUAUUUCUAAAUGCAGUUAAACCGUCCGAUUUCUUUGCAGUCUCAUCUUUUCUAUUGCUUCCAUGAAGUCAUUCUAGAUGCGACAAUGUUUCAACCCCAGGAUAAUAAAUGACAAGGUACAGAGAUUGAAGUGUCCACUGGAAGAUCCACUUGCAUCUGUGGAACCAGUUGCCAUUGAACGUUUCGAUAUAUUUUAAUUGGAUCGCUCGUGGUGACGCGUGCUGUCCACACUAUCAUUGGAUAUGGAAAUGAUGAACGGCGACGACGAUAAGGUGAUACGCGCAAUGGCUUUAAGAUUAUUUGUUAAAAGGUCUAAGGGGCAGAAAAUAUAUAAUUGGUGGCAAGAGCUUGUUUUUAGCUUUCUCGGUCUGCGUUUUAUAUUUGGCGUGUUGAAGACUUCUGAGACGUUGUGACAUUUUCCAUUGUCAGGCAAGAUUUUUCGAGAUAUUGUCGAUCAGUAUACUUGAUACAGAGAUAUUCAAUUCCGGGCUCUACGCACAGCAAGUCGGCAAUAUGCGCGAUGAAGGAACAAUCGCACUCAUUCCUCAUCCCAGCGAUGAUCCACGAGAUCCAUUGAAUUGGCCAAUGAGGAAGAAAGUACCUAUCGUCGCUGCCUUAUGUCUCGCGACUUUCGCCGGUUGCGCGAGUGGCCUUGCUGGUCAGUUGAUACCGGCACCACAAGCAAAAUUGUAUGGGGUUGAGACCACAAAGAUGGCUUAUCAGACAUCCUGUUCCAAUGCUGGCAUGAUAGCAGGAUCUUUAAUCCUCUUUCCACUAUCUCACAAAUUUGGUCGUUCAUCGGUAAUUUUCUGGUCUACCGUUGGAGUAUUUGUCACCCAAGUAUGGGCAGCAUGCAUGACACACUCCACGCAAUACGCCCCAUUCCUUGCUUCCAGAGUAAUGGCUGGAUUCUUUGGAACCAUAGCUGGUAUACUUGGUCCUCGUAUACUUUUUGAUCUCUUCUUCUUGCACCAGAGAGGCCGUGUCUUUACUUACUUUUAUUGGGCUUUCGAUUUCGGCACGGUGGCUGGUCCAACGCUGUCGGCAUUUAUAUCAACAGCUGGGAAGGGAUCAUGGACUUAUGCGUUUUGGUGGACAGCGGCGCUGGCAGCUUUGGCAGCGAUAAUGGUCUUUUUGUUCGUGUAUGAGACUUCCUGGGAUCGAACGGACGGGGCAGAUAAUUCAGCGAUUGCGACGCCCGAUGGAUUUAUUGCGAGUAAAUUUGCGACAUUUUUCCCGGGGACAAAAGUCACAAAGCAAGCCAGUUUAAAACAGGUCCUGAGGGUCGCAGCCAAUCCAUUUUUAAUCAUGGCUAAUCCGUCGAUGAUUUUACUGGCAAUGUUUACUCUGAUUAGUUUUGGUUUCUAUGUUGCGAUGAAUGCAAUUACUCCGGUUUGGUUACAGAAGGGUGUGAAAGAAGGAGGUUACGGGUUCACCUCCAAGGAAAACGCUCUAUUUUCUCUCGGUCACUGGGCAGGAAUCAUAAUAGCCUUGAUCUACGGCCACUUUGUAAGUGAUCGUCUCCCUCUCUGGAUUUGUUCUCGAAAUCGCGGUAUCUGGAAGCCCGAAUAUCGUCUAUACGCUCUCAUUCUCCCCGCCUUGAUUUUCAAUCCAAUCGGUCUCGGUCUCUUUGGCGCAACGCUUCAAAAUCAUUGGAGCUGGGGAGUCCUCAUCUGGGCACAGAUAAUGGUGACAUUCGGAUCUUUAUCCAUCACCCCGAUUACUGUGAACUAUGCGUGUGAACUCUUCACGAAAGCUCCUGCUGAGACAGCUAUUGUGAUGAACAAUUAUAGAGUUGGAUUCGGAUUGUCGGUGACGUUAUAUAUCACGCCUUGGGUUCAGGAGUUGGGGUUUAGAUGGACAUAUGGAAUGAUGGCAUUCUUACAAGUAGCGAGUUUUGUAUUUGUGGUGAUACUGGUGUGGAAAGGACAUGAGGUUAGAGAAUGGAAAGUUGGAGCUUUAAGUAGCGACGAGGAGGGCCAAUGUGUUAUGGAGAAGGGAGAGAGUAUAAGUAAGCAUAGCGUGGGCAGUGAACAUCAGUAUGUUGAGGGUGAGAAAGGGACUCAUCAGGUUUGAUUGUACAUAAUAAUAUUC